AUGAAUUAGAUUUAUCACGAUUCUCUCAUUAAUGCACUGAAAACACAAAUCUUAGUUCCUAUAACCUUAGAUUGCCGAUAUCUCAAAGAGGCUCUAAGUUAAAUUUCUAACGAAUAACAGUUUUUAUAAAUAGAAGACUAUUUCUUAAACCAGGACCUGAUUGAUGGAGUUAACCGACGAACAAUCAAUCUAAUGAAUGAGUGUAUUAAAAUACUUCGAAAGUAUAUGUUUAUUGGGUGGAAUGUCACUCCUAAAUUUAUUGAGGAUAUUGUGUAUGAGUUCAUCGAUAGAAGUGUCGAAGAAUGGAAGGAGCCUGCAUUUUUUGUAUAACGACUCCCAGAAAUCAAGGUUUAAUUAAAAGGGUAUUAUAAGACUUUUUAGGAAAAUGCAUUUGAAUUGUGUGAUACGCUGAUCUCUGAAUUGUGUGAUGAUUAUUUAAAUAGUGCACAAUUGAAUGCCUUGUUGAAUGAAAUUUUGGAAUCUCAAUUAAAGAGGGUUGCAUAUGAUCUAUUUGAGUUUGCCUAUCUCGAUACAUAACUUACGAAUGAAUUUUUGAACAAUCUCCAAAAGUUGUUUAUUGAUUUGGUUACUGACUUCUUCAACUAUCUGAUUGAUGUUGCCUGUCAUGCCAAUUAUAAAAUGCAAUAACUCGAUAAACUAUUGAAAAUCUAUGGGAGUCUAGCAAAUCAGGAAAAUUACAAAUACAUGUAGAAAGAAAUAUCACAGAACAUCAUCAAUUAUGGUGAAUUCACUUUGAUAGGGCAAUCAUUUCAAGUGAAUCAGGAGAAACAUUCUGUAAUUGUUAAAUAGGCAAUUAAACAUUUUUAUUACGUAAUGGAUGAGUGUAAACAAUUAUUCACAGGCAAACAACACAAGAACUUUGAUGAAUUGAUCAACAAUGCCUAAUUUAAUAUCAUUAAACCUCUCCCUCAAAAUAUUUAAGUCAUUUAAGAUGCAGAUGAUAUUCCCCUUAUGAUAUUAUGUCAUGAGAUCAAAGUAAUUAAAUCAUAAAAAGUGUAAAAAAAUGAUUUAAAAGGAUUAAAAAUUGUUGUCAAAGAUGAGAAAAAUAAUAAAGUUCAAUAAUUUAUUUUGAGUCUCUCUUAUCAUUAUUUGAUGUUUCACAAAUACGAACAGGGUUGGGAAUCCUUCGAUGAGGAAAAAGAAUAAAACAUUCUUUUAGUUAAAUUUCUAAACGAACAAUUUGAUUACCUUCAUUGUGGACAUCCUGAAUUCAGAAAGCGUGUUGCCAGUGAAAAAUCUAUUGAUAGAACUGCUGAUGAUGUAUCUGGAUUCAAAAACGCUGUCUUUAAAUUCAAGAAAAUCAGUGCACCAAAAAAACCAAUUAGAUAUGGAACAUCUAACAGAGUCAUAGGUGGAAAAGCACUUGGCAUGGGUAUUGGUGUUCUUAUUGUUGAUUGUCUCGAUGAGGAUAUUCCUUGGGAUGAUAAAUUGAAAAAUGCUGGAUUUACAGCUCUUUCUUUUGGUGUCCUUGGUAUUCUUGCUUCCAGAUUACCAAUUGUAGGUAUUAUCAUUUAAUAAGUAAUCUUGGCCUUGGCUGUUAAAUCCAUAUUGGCCAAUAAAGUCAUUAAUGAUUCUCAAACAGCCAAAAAUCUUGGCCAUUUGGGUCUUAUCAUUACCAUAGGUGUUGGAAUGACUGUUGCUGGUAGCAUUCUAUUUCCAAUUGCAUUUUGGGGUGCCUUUUUCGGUGGUCUCUUAGGUGGUGUUGGUAUGGGAUUAUAUUAAAAGUUUCUGAUACCUUAUUAUAUGGAUAAUAUCGUUGAGAUGAUGAACAAAGCCAGCAAAUUAAUCAGAAAGAAUGGAGCUGUCAGAUAUAAACCAUAUGCUUUAUAAAAAUUAUAGAUUGAUGAGAAAUUCUUAGGUAGUCAUAAACCAUCCAAUUUGAAGGAUGACCAAUAUUUCACUUUACUCAUGUUCUGUCUAAGCAAUGAAAUUAGAUUGAUAAGUACUGCAUCAUAUGCUAAGCAAUUGGAAAAGUUAAAAUAAAAGAAUGCGAAGGAAGAGGAGAAGGCCGAUUUAUUGUAGAGAUAAUGCUAGAUAGAAGUGUAAUUGAAGAUUUGGACUGAGACUUAUGAAUAUCUUAAAUCUAAUAAUGUAAGUUUGGUUGACAAUGCUAAAUCUUGCGCUGAAUUUGUCGAUGGCAUGCUUACAAACUAUAAAGUUGAAUGAAACAAUAUCUAUAUACGGAUUACGAAUAUUAUAUUAUUUUA